UCGAAAGCUCCCAUAAUCGAAGAAGGGGAAAUUGCGUAUGGGGAUGGGGGCUAGCAUGGAGUGACAAACACUUGAACCCUCCCAUAGUUAUCUCAUUUUCUUCAAAAAGGAAAAGAGUCUUUAAUUUGGUCGAUUCGGUCUGGUUUUCAAUUCGGGCGAAAUGGAAAUGGAGGAGAGUACUCAUCCCAACUCCGACGGGGUUAGGGGGAAGAUCGUUCCCUGCGAUUUCUGUAACGACCAGCCGGCGGUGCUCUACUGCCGAGCCGACGCCGCCAAGCUCUGCCUCUUCUGCGACCAGCACGUGCACGCCGCCAACGCGCUGUCGCGGAAGCAUCUCCGCUCGCAGAUCUGCGAUAAUUGCGGCGCCGAGCCGGUGGCCGUGCGCUGUUCCUCCGAGAAUCUCGUGCUCUGUCAGGAAUGCGAUUGGGACGCCCACGCUAGCUGCGCCGUCUCCGCCGCGCACGAUCGGAGCCCCGUCGAGGCCUUCUCCGGCUGCCCGCUCGCCGCCGAGCUCGCGGGAAUUUGGGGGUUGGAAAUUGAGGAAAAGAAGUCGGGUCGGUUGUCGGGUCAGAAUCCGAGCUGGACCGGGUUACUGGACCCUUGGAUGCCCAAAGAAAUCUCCAAUUCAGUUCUGUUACAAGAUUUAAUGGUCCCUAGUGACAAUAACCCGGUGGUGUAUUCCAAUCCGGACGGCGGCUGUGGGCCCAGCAAGAAGCAGCAGAGCCCCGGGAGCUGCGGGAAGAACAAACCGGUGAUACUGAAACAACUGGUGGAGCUUUUUAAGCGGGAGGCGGUGGACGGCGGAGGAGGCGGAGGAGAGGAUAUUGUGCCGAGAACGCCGAAUGGGGGGAGUGGGUGGCAGGGGAAUGUGGCGGAAGGCGGCGAUGGGGCUGUGGCGGCGCUAAAUCAGCAUUUCCAAUCAGAACAACAACAACAACAACCUCAAAAUGUGCCCUUUACUUCCUUGCUUAUGAUGCAGGCUCCCAUGAAGGAAGAUGAUCGGAUGGUUGAAGGGAACAUGUUGUGGAACAACGCCUCUCGUGAUCGCAGUCCUCAGAUAUGGGAUUUUAACCUCGGGCAGUUGAGGGACCAUGAUGAAUCUAGCCCGAUAGAAGUGGGCUAUGGUGCGAAUGACAUGGCGUAUAUGAUGAAAAGCUAUAGUGAACUCCUAAAAGAAGCAUCCUUGGCAAACUCGAAAGGAUCAGAACUCUCUCGAAUGAACUUCUCAGUCACUCAUGAGGACCUAACAGCUUUCGGUAACAUUUCUAAUAACCCAACAGCGAGCCAGGGGCCAGCUACAUCGGAGAGCAACAAUUUACCAAGAUUACAGCCUCCUUUGGUUUCGGGUUACUGUAAACCAAAAUGCCACUCAAAAGACAUCCAUUUUAUGGACCAGACAAUCUUAGUGGACAGCGAAAGCGCAACACCUUCAAUGACAAAAGCUGAUAUCGAGCUGCUCGCAAAAAACAGAGGAAAUGCAAUGCUACGGUACAAGGAGAAAAAGAAGACAAGGAGAUAUGACAAACACAUCCGAUACGAAUCAAGAAAAGCGAGAGCUGAUACCAGGAAGCGGGUCAAGGGUCGAUUUGUGAAGGCUGCUGAUGCUCCAGAUGGAUAUUGAUUCGUCUUUAUGUACUCGAUCACUCGUCUUAAAUCUUGUAAUCCUUUUCGAUGUUUCGUCUCUGUGUGUAAAUAUUUCUUUACUGCUGUCUGCUUAUAAUUGUAAUCUUUUGUAGGCUCUUAUAUCAUACCAAUUAUUAUUAUUAUUAUUAUAUAA